UGAAGAUCAUACCACACCGAAGAAAACGUGAAAUUCUGUACGAGUCUCUCUCUCUCGGUCUUCUUGUGAAGACGUUGCAUGAGGGGCGUAACGUGAGGAAUACGUUAUUUCUUUAAAGUGAAACAAUUCUUCCCAACAACAACAGGAAUUCACCAUGAGCCCCUUUAUUGUAGCUUUCAUCGCGUUUAUUUUGCUAUUCAUUUUCCGAAUUCUAAAUAUUGCGAGUCAGCCCAAAAAACCUGAAAUCCUGUGCAAAGAUAAAAAAUUUGAAGCAUUGUUGAGAGAAACUGCCCCAGAACUGGAACAAGCAUACAUUCCAACAAGGAUAUGGGGCUUCAGUGGUCAUAUUCAAACAGUAAUGCACAGUUUGAUUGGAAGGAAGAAAUGUCCUUGGCCGAUUGGAGAGAGGGUGUCACUUCUUUUGGAUGAUGGAGCCACCCUGACUUACGAUGUUUACCAACCUCUUGAUGUCCACUCUUCUGGAGAGGAUGUCACUUUAAUCCUAUGCCCUGGUAUUUGCAACUCAAGUGAAUCUAUAUAUAUUCGCACAUUUGUGCAUCAUGCACAGAGAAAAGGCUUCAGAUGUGUAGCUAUCAAUCACAUUGGAGCUAUGAAGUCAAUUAAGUUGACUUCUCAUCGUAUUUUCAGCUAUGGCUGCACAAAAGAUUUCCAUGAAAUGCUUGUCAACCUUCAGGAGAAUUAUUUCCACAGCAGGAUGGUUCUUGUAGGUUUCAGUAUGGGGGCCAACAUUGUUACCAAAUAUAUGGGCGAAAAACGACCUGAUAUGCCGAAAAAUAUCAUGGGUGGCAUCUCUAUUUGUCAAGGCUAUGACGCACUCGGUGCUAUGCAGCAUAUGUUGCUGUGGUCAAACUUCCGUCGGUUUUACUUGUACAUCAUGACUGAAAAUAUGAAACGCGUCCUAAUGGCUCAUCAGCAACUUGUUCUGUCCGAAGACGUCAAAUCUCGUUAUCAACUAUGUGAACGCAGCAUUUUGUCUGCUGCAACCCUACCUGAAUUUGACGACGCUUAUACUAGACGAGUAAGUGGAUAUGAUUCGAUUAACGACCUCUACACGCAAAGUAGUUGCUCCUUGUACCUGGAUAAUAUUACGAUUCCCCUGGUUUUUAUCAAUUCACAAGAUGACCCAAUUAUUCCUGAACCCUUGCUUAGUUGGCCUAAGCAAUAUGCCGAAAGUCGCGAUAGGUCUGCCUAUAUUUUGACGUCGCACGGAGGUCACUUGGGUUUUUAUGAAGGAGGAUUGCUCAAACCCAAUCCUGUUACUUGGUUGGAUCGCACAGCUGUCGGAAUAGCCGACGCAAUUCUACGUGAUACGCACAGCAAGUCGCUCUAAAUCCAAAAUGUCCAUAACUAUUAUCAGCGAAGGCAACAACAAUAUUAUCUAAAAAUCAAGCAAUCGUAACUUACUAAAAGAUUUGUUGACUUAAUCAACUUCGUUACUUUAUAUAAUACAUACUACAUGGAUUAAAGUUGGAGAAUUUAACCCUGUUUCGAAUCAUUCUGUAAUGAAAAAUACCGUGCGUACGUGGUCUGAAUAUAAGGCUUUUUACGGUG